GCAUUGCUGAGCACUGGGUUUUUGUUUCAGUACCCAGUCAAGUCAAGUGAGCUAAUUGCUUAUUACAGCGUGUUGAUAUAUAUAUCUAUUUAUUACAAAUAAACAAUCACUGGGUUAUUAUUUAAUUUAAAUAAUAGUAUUUAUUAAAUGGCUUAUAAAAACAGAUCAAGAGUACAAUUGGGAUACGAGGAUGAAUAUAUCAGUGAAAAACAUCGAUCGGUUAUUAAUUUUGCCACUAAUAAGAUUGGUGGUAAACCGGACCCGCAUAAAACGGAGGGAAGUUUACCAGCGCCAGUAUGUAAAUUAUGUGGAUUAAAUCAAUUAUUAGUAGUACAAAUUUAUGCACCAUUAGAUAAUUCAAAGUAUCAUAGGACAUUGUAUAUAUUUACGUGUAUAAAUCCUAAUUGCUGGAAUCAAAACGAGAGCUGGACGUGUUUGAGAGUCCAGUCAUUGGAGGAAAAAAGUAUAAAUGAGACGGCGAUACAGUCGUCAGUAACUCCGCCGACGACUAGCUGGUUGUCGCAAGCUGAUGACUGGGGAGAUGAUGGUAAUGACAAUGUGUGUGAAAAAAAUGGCAACAACAUGCUGAUGAAUGACACCACUGACAAGUUACAUCUUUUUAUGAGCACGUCUAUUGACGAUUCACUAAAUGACGACUUAUCGAACCUGAGAGUUGAUGAUCCGAAUGCCAACAGUCCAGCUAGUGUUGAGUCACCGGUUGGUGGAGCUGUUGGGAGACUGGAUUCUCCGCAAGCUUCUGCUGAAAUAGAGGGUGAAGAAGGCGAAGUUGUGUCUAUUGACACUCCGACUCAGCCGCAGUGCAAUCUGAUGGAGCUCUUCCACGGGGUCACUCCUCACCCGCUGCAGCACUCAGAUAUCGAGGCCCCCAUCGAUCUCUCCUUCGUUGAAAUGUUCAUUGGAGUCGACGAAGAAGACUUGUCACCGGAAAUAAAUCAGCAUGUCAGAGAUCUUGUUCUUCAGUACCAGAGCUGCAACCCGACUGAUUUGUUCAAUGACCGGGAGUCAGAUCCUCAGGCAAAUGAUAAUAAAGGAAUGGAAGAAAAAUAUGAAAAGAGUAUACCUAAACAUGGUGACGAAAUGUUUCAUAACUUUGACAGCCGCAUUAAAAGAAAUCCUGGACAAUUAUUACGAUAUUGUCGCGACAAUUCAGCAGCAUUGUUACUGUAUCCAUUAGGAUCAAAUAUAGAGCCAUGCAAAUACUGCGGAGCUGAAAGAAUUUUCGAAUUACAAAUCUUGUCAACAAUAAUACCUAAAUUAAAACUGGUACCAUGCAGAGAACGCGACUUCGAGAUAGACUUUGGUACAGUAUUAAUUUUUACCUGUUCAGCCAGCUGCUGGUCUGCCAACGAUACGUACAAAGAGGAAUAUGUGAUCGUUCAAGCUGAACGUUUAUAGUAAUUAAGCCAAAAGAGAUAAAAAAAAAACAUAAUAUUAAUAAUUAGUCAAUAUUCCAAUUCGUCGAUAAUUCCAUAAUGAUAAAUAAUUAGCAUUUAUUUUUUUUUAACUAUCGCAGACUUCCGUCCGCUCAAUUAGAUAUACAGCUCUCAUCUUUAUUUAUUUUUAUCAAAUCAAUAUCCACUAGAUUUAUUAAUUAAAUAGAUUAUUUAACAGACGUAGUAAAAAUAGGGUAGAAGUAGCAUUUGGUGCCACUGAUACAUUUUUGGAUAUUUAUUGCACGACUCAUGAUGCGAAGCAUCAGAGUGUGCUUUACGAUCGAAAAAUUUUUUUCGCCUCACUUUUUAAUACUUUAUUUUAAUGAUCCUGAUGUUUGUAGACAAUUAAAAAUUUUGAUUUUUUUAAAACAUAUUAAUUAAAAAAAAACUAAACUAAAAAUAUGCACAUGUUGAAAAUUAAAAAAGCUAUAGGUGCAAUUUUUUGAAAUAUUUUUUUUUUUCAUAAUUUAUAGUUUCUAGAAAAAUCCAAAAAUUAUUAGACGUCGGCUAACUCCAGUGUCAUUUAUUUUAAUUACUAAAAAAGUAUAAAUUAAAAUUUCUAUUUUAAUAGUGGGAUGAAAGUACUUGAAAAAAUUUCAAAAAUUAAUUGUCAUUGCGUCUUACAAAUUAUUCUAUUUUAAUUUUUUGUGUCCAAAACUGGGCCAAAGUUGCACCUCUACCCUAUACUGCGUACUUAAUAUACCGAAAGUUCAAAUUUAUGCUAAAAUUUAUUUGAUAAAUCGCAACUGCUGCUACUAUUAGCUUGUCGAUUGAUUUAUCAACAGUACUUGAAGAUUUUAAAUGUAAAUAGCUGAAUAAAGUCAUCCAUAUUUGUAUUUUAAAAAUACAUUUUAGAAAAAUGACGCUUUUUUGAGAAUUCUAUACAAAAAAUCAAUAUAUCAAUUUACAAUAAAUGUGAAAUAAAUAUGCUAACUAGUUGUUCGCAUUUGAAAAUAUAAAUAAAUUUAUCUUGGGCGGAUAUCAGAUUCUUAAUGUCUUCUUACAGUCGGCCCUAGUGAUACUUAAUUGUUGUUGGUCGACUACUGAAAGACAAAAACUAAUCAAUUAAUUAAAUAAUUAAAUAAAAAUAAUAAUUAAA